GUAUGAGGGCGGGCCGGAUUUAGCUGCUGUCAAAACACAGUAAUCAGGGUGCUGCAGAAAGCUGCGACUCUGCUGCUGGUUAUUUGUUGGUGUGAUUUGUAUGAGCAGCGGUGAGGAUUCUUCUCGUCUCUCUACAGUGUGUUCUGGAGGAGGAUAAUGCAGAUGUUUUGGAGACACGCAUAGCUGCAGGGACAGUGCUCUAGCGGUUUUAAGGACCUUCUGGUAGUUAUUGGGCAAUGCCUUUGAUCAGCCUGGAUGAUGAAGAUCAGAGAUGGGUUCCUACGCACGUCAACGUGACCGUGCUUCGGGCCAGGGCGCUACGGACCAAGGGCAAGCAGGGCAGCCGCUAUGUCUACACCGUUAUCCAGCUGGGGAAGCAGAAGUACACGACGGGACUGGCGGAGAAAGCGGCCGAGCCCGGGUGGAACGAGGAAUGUUCCUUAGAGCUGCAGCCCGGCCUGCUGGAGUGUGUGGGAGCGCAUCCGCCCAGCAGUGGGAAUCUGAUCCUCACCGUCAUGCUCAGGGUUCUCAUCGGACUCGACGUGUUUCUAGGGGAAGCCGUGGUGCCUUUGGAUAAGGUGUUUCAGGGAGGAACGUGCCCUAGGAACGAGUGGCUAAAGUUGCACUCUAAAGCUGGAAGAAAGGAGAAAGAGCGAGGAGAGCUGCAGCUUACCAUCCAGUUCACUCGCAAUAACAUGACAGCCAGCAUGUAUGAUCUGACCAUCCAGGACAAACCUCGUUCAGCCUUUGGAAAGUUGAGAGACCGUGUCACAGGCAAGAAAAGAGGAGACGUGGAGUCAUCCUCAGCCAUCCUCCCCGGACGCUAUGCCGCUUUGUCAAGCUCAACGAGUCAGCAUUUCCAGGAGGAUGGUGGUGGAGAGGACCAAGUACAAGAGGAGUGUAGUGAUGAAGGCAAGAGCAAGGUGAAGGGCUUCUUUCUGAAGGGGAAGUUGCGAAAGAACUCGGACACACACUCCUGUUCUUCAUUGGCCUCAGAAAGCAGCAUGGCGUCAUCAGCAGGGGAUCCUUUUGUUCCCAUUGAGCUAUGCAGCACACCUGUCUACAGCACCAGAGUCGCGGAUCCUUUCCGCACUGACUCCGACAGUGGAGUAAAGGUGUUCACAGCUCCUAAGGUAAUGACCCACAAGCGUGCACACAGCGACGAGGCUAGUAAAAUCACAGUUGCCUCACGUCCCAGUACGGCUGUAGAGAGUGUAAAGGGCCAAAAUAUCCUGCUCUCUAAGUCUACUCUCUGCAUCAAUGGCAGCCAUGUUUACUCCGAACCCGUCUACUCCAAAACACCAGGGAAUCUGCCAAUCAAACGCACGCUACUAGAGAAAUGCUCUCCUUUAUCACGCUCGCUGCAGAAUCUUACACGCCGCAGUGAAGAGACACAAAGACGUAGCUCUAUGGACAAGAGCAAAAGGGAGCUUGAGGGAGAUGGUGAAGGUUGCUCAGCACUUACAGAGGGAUUCACCACCUCAGUGGGGAAGCCAGUGCAUGCAACUGCACCCCUGGUGAUGGCUUCUUCGGCUACUGAUGUCUCAGAUAAAGGGAAGAAGCUGAGGAAGACUUUGUUCUCUAGUGGAAGAAGCGACUCACUCCCAUCUAAAACUGAGCAGGGUCAGGAGGGACGUAUGCGUGGAUGGUUCGGUUCCAGUGACGGGCAAAACAAGCCAAGGCUGGGAGUUCCUCCUAAAGUAGAAAGCAGCCCAGAAACAUCCACUUCCCUCUCUCCUUGCUACCCCACUGUACCACCACACUCUCUUUCCCUAGUUUGUGCUUCUAGCCAUAAGUCGUCCUGUUCUGUUGGCCCUCACUCUAAUCCAUUCACUCAUCCUUCACCUCCACCACCCUCUAUUUCCCCUACCAACCCUUUUCUCACACGACUGCAAAGGAACCCUUUUUUUGAGGAUCUCAUAGCUGAAGAAGCUUUGAAAUCUCCUCCUGCAAUUAACAGUAACUCAACAUUCAGCCAUUACCCAGCAUUCCCUCUGAAGUGUGGCUUUCCAAGCACUUUUCAUAAUACCACACCAAACAAAAUGUCUAUAAAAAGAGAGAGGCCUCGAAAUGUAGCUAGGCAGAGUUCCCUUCCAACCUUAAUGUCUGGGACACCUGAGACAGCCACUGUGAACUCCGAUAAUGCAGUGCAAGCAGGGCAUCCUUUGUCCAAGAGUCGAGGGGAAUGGGAUGAAUUUGAGGCUUUGGCCAGUAGCCGUCUUAAAUCACCAGUUGGGACACCUACUCGACCACCCUCAGCCCCAAAUCCUCCUUCACCUCCUAACUCUUAUCCUGUAGAAUCUUGCAGUAAUAAACCCAGGGUUGACGAACGAAUCUUCAAUGACUGUAACCUGCCUGCCUUAACCUCACGAAGGCCAGUGAGGACCCCGCUUCCCUUUCAAGAGAGGUGCUCAGAUGGCUGGCUUGACAGGGCACAGGAGCUUGCAGUCCAAAAAGAAGCUUGCCUGCUCUUCCAGACAGAUUUGGCCUCAGUACGACAUAGAGAGAGACAUAGAGAUGCAAACACCAAAGUUUCUCAUUUAGAUAAAGACAUGAACUGUGUUAUUCUGGACCAGGAUGUGAAUGUUUGUCUGUCUGCACAUACUGUACAAAUGCACAAAGAUGAAAAUCUGAACAUUUUGCAAAAUGGGCAAGAGAAAAUUUGGACUGAGGGAGGCUUAAAAAUUGCUCCAACGAAUUCACAUUAUAAGUAUGAACACAUACAGGAAAACUCCCUGCAUUCUGCAAGUGAUCACACUGUGCCCAGUAUUCCAUUUUGCCUCUCAGACUGUGAUACGACUGUGAGUGAAUCACUGUGCAGUGACUUUCAGGUCCAGCUAAAUCCUGAAUCUUCCUUUGAACUGAAGCCCUUUGGGAACACAAUAACUGCUGAGGUCAUCACUAAUCCAGAUUCCAAUAAUAAUAACACAAAUGACACUUCUGAGUUUGCUUUUAUUGAUUGUGACAGCUCAGCUUCAGAUGUGAACCAGACUACUUUUGGCAUGAUAGCUAAAGAGAGCAAUAAGGCAUCAACCCAGUGUCAAGAUUUAUUAAACAGGAAGGCAGAGCUUGAAUCAAUAUUCCGUAAGGAAAUUCCAGAAACUGAUGUUAUUACAAGUGAAAAGUUCACCAAUGAACAUUAUGAAAAACACUGUGAGAACAUAGAACAACACAUCAUCCAACCACAUACAAAUUUCACCUUAAGGGUUGAAUCAGAGGAUCCCAAUCACAAAGAGAGCUCUGUUAGUCCACAAACAAUCCCACAACGAGACAGGGAUGACGGAAGCAUGACAGAAAAGCUUAAACCUAAGGCAACAGAAGACAAUGCAGGCUCUGAUGCGCCUCAUGAAGUUAAAUGCUGUCUGAUUUAUGACAAGAUUAAGACUAAAACAGCUGAACUCAAGCUAGAAGCGAAUUGGCCCAAUGUUCCUGUUUCAGAGAGUCACACAAACACUGAGUCACCUUUGACUCUUACAGACUGCAUCAGUUUUGAGGAUUUGCAUGCUCGAGUAGCACCAAGAGGCUCAAAAAGCCCUUCCAACAUUGAAGUUAGAUCAGCGCGCAUCAGAACACGAUCAAAUACAAACUCCCCCAAGACUGACCCCAGUGCAGUUUUACCAACAGUCAGCUCUGAAAUUAGUUCAGCCAAAAUUUCACACUCAGACCUUAUUGGGCAUACAAGUUCAUCCCCUUCUUUCUCCCAUCCUAAUGCCACUUCUGAUCCCAGCCUGUCCCCACUUAUGCAUUAUCCACCUGCAAGGCCUGGUUCGGGAAGCACUCUGGCUGAAGCCUCCAACAUUACCUCCUCACUCCAGCUGCAGUCCACUGCAAAGCACACACUUACCACAGAGGAGGCAGAAUCGGCUAGCAGUCGCCCUCCCGCUGAGGAGAGCAGCCCCCAUCCAGUGAAGCCUCUGGCCAACACAGCAGUACCAGGAGAGAAGAAAUCGGUUUUGGAGAAGCUGCGUUCCUCCAUCCAUCCUGGACGUGCCACACAGCAGACCAUGGCUGAACCAGAAAAAACACAGGUGUUCAUGUCAGAAGCCCACACUCACUACCAGACUAUGAGUAACAUGGAGCUGAUUGCACUACUGCUGCAACAGGAGAUGGAUGCGGAGAGGCAGCGGGCUGAGUCAGAGCUCCAGGCCACGCUUUUGGAGAAGCGUGAGGCUGAGCUGAAGAAACUAAAGGUCCAGGUGCGAGACCUGGAGGACUACAUCGACAAGCUGCUGGUGCGCAUCAUGGAGCAAACACCCACCUUGCUGCAGGUGCGCGCCCGGCCCAAAUGAUGUGUGCUUCGCUUUACUACAGCUGACGUUUUCACCCAUUUGCCAUCUAGUCACAGUACUGUCCUGUUCACUGACAUACCCCCAAGCUUUGCAAACAUCAUUUUGGACAAUAUGUGGACCACUCAGGGCCAGAGUUUGAAACGUUAUUCGACGAGUGGUUUUUCAUGUUUUUUGCUAGAAUGUUUCCACUGUAGGUUUUGCCGCAUAAAAUGUUUCUUUUACAGAAUUCAAACAGUAUCAAUUUGCAUCUAUGAAAGGUAUUCAAAACUAAAAAUCAAUAAGAAAAUACACCACACACUGCAAAUCAAACACUGCCUAAAGAGAAGGACUAGUAGUACUAUUCAUUGCUCUUGUACACAAGCACUCCAGGAUUAUCUGUUUGCUUGUAAGUGGUUGUAAACACCAAACUGAACAAAAUAGUAAGGAAAGACAUACAGUAUACAUUACAAGGUCAAAAGUUAAUAUACACUUGAUAAUUAUACUCAUAUGUGUUUAGAUUUUUUGUUUUGUUUUUGCAUAAUUUCAGAUUUAGCUUCUUUUUUGCUGUUAUAAUAACUUACACUCUUGACUGCUUCCACUAUAUUUUGGGGUGUGUCUGUGGGCAUUUGCCUGUUACAGAGAUUUAUUAAAGUCAGGCAAUCAUGCCUGUUGAGAAGCCCUAGGGUGAGAUGUGUGUUCAUGCUUUGUGCAUUGCCAUUCUGGAGCAGGUUUAGUUCCAAUGUUACAGUGAAAAGAGAUGAUAACGCUACUGAUUGCAAAGACCAUCUACUGUAUACAAUUGUGUGCUUCCAAUAUUGUGGCAACGGUUUGGGGAAGGCCCACAUAUAAGUGUGGUGUCCAGGUUUGAACAAACAAUUGCCCAUAUAUUGUAUUUCUGUGAUGUUCCAUUGUGAUCCUUAAGCUUUUCUGCAUUUCAGAUCCUUAUCAAUGGCUUCUCAGAACAAUCUGUGUAGUAUCCAUUAUAGCUUACAUGCUAUAGCUGAAAUACUUUUUUCCAAAAUCUUGCUGCUUUUCUCGUCUUCCAUGAACACUUCAAUGAAACGUCCACUUAUGUGCUUCCAAGCGCUUCAAUUAAAUACAAAUUCUCAGGUCGGUCUUCUAAUUAUAAAAUGUUCCAUAAGCAAAUGUGAAUUCUGUCCUGAUUAUCCAAUAGAUUUUGGAUGCAAAAUAAUCAAUUUCCAUUAUAUGUCUGUAAAUAUCGCUAACAGAUAUACUCUACACUGUAUUAUGCAAUGACUUGCUGUCUAACACAGUCAGCUUCUUCCAUAAUAUCCAAAUAAAUGCAUGUUCAUAAUUGCAACUGAGCAUUUAGAACCAAAAAGCACCUACAUGUAAGCGACAUAAUAGUAUAUUCUAGGCAUCACACAGUAGUUCAUCAUGCUGUUGUAUAUUUCCAUAGCUGCUCGCUGUAAAAGUAGUUCGAUUGGCAAACAUGCAAAAGAAAAAUAACCAUUAAGCAACCGGAGGAGACUACAUUCAGAUUGUUGAAGAAUGUAAUGGUGACCGCUUUUGUUAAAAAAUAUUCCUAAUUGAUCUCAGACAGUCACUGAAUAUUAUUUUGACAUCAAUAUAUAUAUA